AUGAAAGGCUCCCUGGAGCACCUGCACAGUGACCAGAGCGGGAUCUUUGCUGGUUUGACACAAAAGGAGAUGAUCCAGGUGAUGCAGUACCUGAAGUCCAACCUCGGGGUACGUUUAGAAGACGCUUCUCAAGCCAGCCCUUCCGAUAACUGCAUUUAUUCCAUUGACUUGCAGCUGCCGCCCAAAGCAGAGUCUCUCUUGUUCUUGGACCACGGCGGAAGCCGUCCGCUUCGGCAGGCACUGGUUGUGGCCUAUUUUGGAAACCAGCCGGAUCCAAAUGUCACAGAGUAUGUGGUGGGCCCGCUCCCAGAGCCGAUGUAUCACCAGGAUGUGACUCGGCAGAAGUACGGAGGGCACAUACCCUAUUAUCGCAGGCCCCUGCUAGAUGCUGAAUUCAAGCAGAUGAUGCAUAUUCUGUACAACGUGGUGCUCCCCACAGCCCCGCGCUUCAUGCAGGAAGUACUGAAUUAUGAUGGGGACAAUCUAGCAGCAAUGGUCACAACCCCUCAUGGACUGGCAUCUGGGGACCGUGCCACUUGGCUGGUCCUCUUCCAGAAUGUAACUGGCUACUUUUUACAUCCAGUGGGGCUGGAGGUGCUAUUAGAUCACAGCAGCCUGGAUAUCUCUGAAUGGGGAGUGAAGAAAGUCUUCUACAAUGGCCAGUACUACUGGGAUAUGGCCCAGCUG